AUGGAAUCUCAGCCGUUGCUACGGAUAACAGCAUUGCCAACUGACAAUGAUCCUCGUAACAUUGCUGAUGGCUCGAGGUCCCUCACCGCCCGCCAGGUCACCAUGCUUGCCAUUGGUGGCACAGUAGGAACUGGGCUUUUUGUAGGCGUGAAAACCUGUUUGGUUCAUGGUCCCUUUAUUGCCAUAGUGGCGUACUUAUACGUCUCAAGUGUAUGUUACGGGGUUAUCCGGGCACUAGGGGAAAUGACACGGGUUCUCCCUUUGACUGGGUCACUUUGCAGGUUUCCAGCUAUGUUUCUUUCGCCGCAAAUUGGUGCUGCAAAUAGUGGCAUUUAUUGGUUUUCUUGGUCCAUGACUCUUGCAUUGGAAUUGACCAUAUUGGCUCAGGUGCUUCUGUUUUGGGUUCCGUGGGCCCACACGUGUCCCCAGGUGGUUUCGUUGGGGAUUUGGCUUAUUCUUACUGCCCUCAACUUGUUGCAUGUGUCCUACUAUGCCGAGGUCGAAUUCUACAUUACCCUAGUUAAAGUGGCCGCUUUGGUGCUUUGGACCGCCAUCUGCGUUGGCGCUAUAUUAGGUUUGGGUACUGAAGCAAUUGGGUUUCAAAAUUGGCACCAUCCAUGGGGAAAUGGCAUUUUGGUAGAAGGUGCGGUUUCGUCAAGAAUUCUUGCACUUAUGGCGCUGCUUGUGUCUGCUGCAUUCACAUUCCAACUGUCGGAGUCUGUAGCUAUCACUGCUGGUGAUAUGGAGGAUCCACACACAUCAAUUCCCAAAUCAGUCAGGGCAAUCUAUUUUCGAAUUUUGGUGUUUUACAUCCUUAGCGUUGUUCUACUCACUUUACUCGUGGACGCCAGUGAUCCUCGGUUGCUACUCUCGGACGAUUCUAUCUUUUCGUCGCCGUUUAUUCUCGCUUUACUCAAUGCUGGUUUGGCCCCAGGCUCGGCCCUUCUUCAUAUCAUCAAUUUGGUCAUUUUCUUUUCAAUUCUAUCGGCUGCAAACUCAAACAUAUACUUUGGUUCCCGCUGCUUUCUAGCACUCGAAAUUGUCCCAAAACGUUUCAAACAGAAAAAUCAAUUCGGAGUCCCCGUCACUGCCGUUCUUGUCACCGCAAGUUUCGGCUUGGUUUCCUUGGCCACAGGCUUCCACUCGGUGGAAAUAGUGUUUCUGUGGCUCUUGAACAUCUGCGCUUGCGCCGGUCUCUUGAUGUGGUGCUGUUCUGCCUUUUCCCAUGUUCGAUUUGCAGCCAUUUUGAGUCUUGAAUUUGACACCCAGACUUCUACCUUUUGGUCAUGGUACGCAGGGAUAAACACAGCUGUGAUCCUUCUCGUCAACGGAUUCGUGGUGUUUUUCAAUUUUUCUUGGUCGUCGUUCAUUGCAAGCUACUUAAGCGUCUUUCUCUUCAUUGCACUCUGGGGUAUCCAAUGGCGACCAAAAAACCAACUUUUGGUUCCUUUCGAGAAUAUACAGUUGCUCUAG